AUGCCGGAGCAGAACAUCCAGGACCGCCCGACGAGGCAGACGCGAGGUCAGCGGGCUGUUCUGGAUGGCAAGGAUCGGAGGGACGACGAGGAUUUCUUCGCCAAUGCAGGCUUUCGUGAUGCGUCGUCCGACAGUGAUUUCAAUGAUCACGAGGAUUCCGAUGAUACACAAGCUACCGACUUCAGCCAAGCGCAAGAUGAUGCCAGCGCAGAGGACAAGGAGCCCCCAAGAGAGCCUCCGGUGCGCGCCAGGAAGAAGCCAAUGCUUCCUCCGAGCAGACCUCCGGCCCCUUCUGGUUCUGGACCAGUAGGAUCUUCUGAAGGCACCGCGCCAGCGAGGCGCGUCAGGCGACGAAUUCCGCAGCUACUUCUGAGGUCCAACAGGAUUCUUCGCAAGUCCACGAUGGAGAUACGAGCCCACAGAGAGCUCAAGGCUGGCCAAGCACAUCCAAGGAGGCAGAGUCUUCAGGUAAAGCCCGAAGCAAAGCCGCUGACCCAAGAGGAGAGGCUCCAAGAGGCCGUUCGGACCGAGGAGAGGAACCGACAGCAGUUCCAACAGUUGCAAAGCGAGGAGGAUGAGAAAAGGCGCUCAUCGAAGCGAGCUCGAAGGACGAAGUUUGCCGGACCGCGGCUGCGCUUUGUUUCGAGGCUGUCCGACAGCGGGCAAGACAUGGCCAGGGAUGCCAUCGGGGCGCGCCCGGGUGUUGAGAGCUAUGUCGAACUGAUCGAUUGCGAUGUGUCCGACUUCCUCAGGUUGCCCAACACGCAAGAGGCCAAGCAAAGUCUAUGGCUCGACUUGGAGGAAGACGACAGAAGUUUACAAAAAAAGGUCUUCGCGCAUAUACUCGCUUUGUGCCCUCUGCCGCUUGUGCCUGGGCAGUUCUCGCUGGAUUGA